UGUGACUCUUCUCUUUGACGGCCAGACGGACAAUUGGCUGUCCUUGUUGGCAAGGGUGGAUACAUAUUCCGCCAUGGCCUUUUUUGCCCGCAAGCUCGAGAACCGUCGAUAGGAUGGGGGCCGGGGGGGUCCUUGGUUGAGCCAAGCCAAGCGAGCGUUUGCGAGCAGUCAAAUCUGUCGUGGGGCGAUGCGCCAGGGAAGCUAGCAAAUGCGGGAGGCGAGGACAAGGGCAGCAUACCAACAGCGAUUUUCGAGAUUAAUUGGAGAUUGGAGACUAUGGAGAGGCGCAAUAACGGAUAAACUGGGCGGGCAGGGUUCGGCGUCAAAGUUCGAUUCAAGUCAAGCCUUCACAUGGAUUGGAGCAACCGAAAGAGACAUGCUCAGGGUAUGUACAUACCUCUUGUCUUUUCUUGUCUUUUGUCUUGUUCGCUUGGCCACUGGUGGGUUGCUCUGCGUCUUGCGUUUACAGGAUGCUGCGCUGCGUUGCGUGUUGUUGCUGUUGUUAUUCUGUGUUGUGUGUUGUGCGGUGUUGCGUUGCGUUGCGUUAUGUUGCGUUGCCCUGCCCUGCCCUGCCCGCUCCCUGGCUGGCAAAGAUGCACUCUGCGCUGCAACUUUGUUAUCAUCGAGCCAGACGGCGUUUCAGCGCAAGCAAUUGCCGUAUGUGUAUGCGAGGCCGCAAACGAAGGUGUUGGGGGUGUAAGUGGGAGCUACUAGAGAUAAAGAGCAAAGAGAAAUUUUGAAAGUGUGUGUGUGUGUGUGGACGAGCGAGGCAUCGCGAUUCGCAGCAAAGGGCAAGCCAAGUUGGUGUUGAG